CCCCAAGUCGCAAGCAAGACCCAAGAGAUCCAAAUUCUAGAUGCCGAACCCGCAGGUGUUUUUCGACAUGACCGUUGGUGGUGCCCCCGCUGGCCGUAUCACGUUCGAGCUGUUCGCCGACAAGGUGCCGAAGACGGCUGAGAACUUCCGCGCUCUUUGCACAGGCGAGAAGGGCGUGGGCCGUUCGGGCAAGCCCCUGCACUUCAAGGGCAGCUCUUUCCACCGUGUGAUCCCCAACUUUAUGUGCCAGGGCGGCGACUUCACGCGUGGUAACGGCACGGGCGGUGAGUCCAUCUACGGCGAGAAGUUCCCAGACGAGAACUUCUUGCUCAAGCACAAGGGUGAGGGCAUCUUGUCCAUGGCCAACGCCGGUCCCAACACGAACGGCUCGCAGUUCUUUAUCUGCACGGUUGAGACCUCGUGGCUGGACGGCAAACACGUCGUAUUCGGCCGUGUCGUGGACGGCAUGGACGUGGUCAAGAACAUUGAGUCUGUGGGCUCGCAGUCGGGCCAGACCAAGAAGCCCGUGGUCGUUGCCAACUGUGGCGAGCUGUAAGCGGCUCUUGCCGUAAUACAAUUCGCAUCGAGUGGCCUGAUCGAUUGCUGAGUGACAACAACGCCAGCAUCUGCCAAUUGCAGACGCCGCUCGCUCCACAUCAGUAAUUAAACGGAUUCUCCUCCCU